CCAAUGCCCAGCUCAAACGGCUCGACUCGGGCUUGCCCAAAUGGACGAAUUGAAAUUUAGCAUUUUUCUCAAAUUGUGAAUUUGAUUUUUCAUACACUAAUCGGAGUGUAUGAAAAUGAAUGGGAAAAAAAAGGUGUGAAGCCAAAAAAAAUUAAAGCCUCAGUUUUCGAAUAGGAAUGCGGGUAUUUUUUUAGGCGCAUUAGUGAAAAAAUUGAAAGAAAAUUAAGCAGAGAGAGUUGCAAAGUCCAAGUUGUAAGCAGCAUAAACGCUUAGAUGCACUCUUUCCCAUCUCGUUCGCGAAGUAUUUGCUGAAAAUUAUAUAUUCUAGCCAUGUCGCCCCAGAAUGCUACCGUUAAGGCUCAGGCAGCCCGCAAGGCCGCCAUCAAGGGUGUCCAGAGCCAGAAGGCCAAGAAGGUGCACACCACUGCCACCUUCCGUCUUCCCCGGACUCUGAAGCUCGCCCGUGCCCCCAAGUACGCGCGCAAGGCCGUCAACCGGUUCGCCACCCUGGACCAGUACAGCGUGCUCAAGCAGCCCCUGAACACCGAGACCGCCCUGAAGAAGGUCGAGGACAACAACACCCUUGUGUUCCUUGUUGACGUCCGUGCCAACAAGCGCCACAUCAAGGAUGCCGUCAAGAAGCUGUACGAUGUUGAUGCUGCCAAGAUUAACACUCUGAUCCGCCCCGAUGGUAUCAAGAAGGCUUACAUCCGUCUGCCCGCUGACGUUGAUGCCCUCGAUGUUGCCAACAAGAUCGGUUUCAUCUAAACAGCUCUUGGUUUUUUCGGUUUCAUUUUCGUAUUCGACAUUGCUUGUUGUUCUUUUCUAAUAUUACAAUUCCCAAAUGUUGAGCCCGACUGGCAUUCCCUUACACUAUAAAAAAAGAAUUAAAAUCAUGAC